CUUCAGCAAUUCAUAUCAGCAUUUUGCAAUCUCUGACUUUCCCUUCAAACCUCUCUUUAUCACCAAAUUCUCGUAGCAUAUUUGAAAAUGCAGAUUUUCGUGAAAACCCUAACAGGGAAGACCAUUACUCUCGAGGUUGAGAGCUCCGACACAAUCGACAACGUCAAGGCCAAGAUCCAAGAUAAGGAGGGGAUUCCGCCCGAUCAGCAGCGCCUCAUCUUCGCCGGGAAGCAGCUUGAGGACGGCAGAACCCUCGCCGACUACAACAUCCAAAAGGAAUCGACGCUCCAUCUAGUCCUCCGCCUCCGCGGUGGGAUGCAAAUCUUCGUCAAAACCCUAACGGGGAAGACGAUCACCCUCGAGGUCGAGUGCUCCGACACAAUCGACAACGUCAAGUCCAAAAUUCAGGACAAGGAGGGGAUUCCGCCUGAUCAGCAGAGACUCAUCUUCGCCGGAAAGCAGCUUGAAGACGGCAGAACCCUCGCCGACUACAAUAUCCAGAAGGAAUCCACUUUGCACUUGGUUCUGAGGCUUCGCGGUGGGAUGCAGAUCUUCGUGAAAACUCUUACUGGCAAGACGAUCACGCUGGAAGUGGAGAGCUCUGACACUAUCGAUAAUGUGAAGGCGAAGAUUCAAGACAAAGAGGGGAUUCCGCCAGACCAGCAGAGGCUCAUAUUUGCAGGGAAGCAGCUCGAGGAUGGGCGUACCCUCGCUGACUACAAUAUCCAGAAGGAGUCUACUCUGCACCUUGUCCUUCGCCUCCGUGGUGGUGAAUCAUAAUUUAUUACUAUGAUAGCUUGAGAAGUUAGUUUUUGUAAUCAAAAGCUCGGUCUACUGUAAUUACAAGUUUGUGAUAUUCUGUUGGUAUUAAGUAAUCUUGUUUCGUUC